GCUGCCAUCAAAAUCCAGCGCCACUGGCGCCAGCGCCCGCCCCGCCGCGUCGCCCUGCUGCGUCUCAUCAACUCGGAGGCUCGACGCCGCCACCAGAAGCGACCGAGCUUCCAGAUGCGUGCCGCAGUGUGCGAGGACAUCGCACGUGACACAGCGAAGGAUCCCUCCUUGAAGCGGGGCCCCAGCAUUUGGCAGCUGAUGCAGUGCUCCACGGUGAUCAAGGAGGUCCUUGAGGAUGUGAGAGGCGCUUCCAAGCUCUGCCAUUCCUUAAGCGGAGGUCUUGCCAUUAUGACGGAGGCCACCAGGCGCAAGGAAGCGGCCCGUGGUCGUCUGCGCGACAUCAUGCGCCGCGUCUGGCCCAAGCUCCGCGCAGUUCUAGCCUGGAAUCAGCGUCUGGCACAACGCCGUCGUGCCGAGGUCAACUGGGACGCCUUGCGACGCCUGGUUGCCACGCCCAAGGCUUCAGACUGCGCUUCGGAGAUCAAG